AUGGCGGGCAAAAGAAAAUAUCGUGAUUUGAGAUAUCUCUUUAUGAGAGGUUUGAUACAACGCGAGAGAUGGCAGAGAACAAGACAGUAUUUGAAGUCAGCUGCUGAAUGUACAUCAAGAGCUAUUGUCUCACUCGAACUAGCAGACAGUCCCAUCAAGUCAGUGUCUCAAGCCAAGACCUUAGAAGGGAUUGGAGGUGAGACAUUGCAACGUUUGAAGGAGAUCCAGGAGAAGAAGGAGAAGUCCAUGGACCGUCCUAAUGAUGGGAAGUUUGUCAGUUCCGCUGGGGCCAUCCUUGUAUCCCUGCUUGAUCUCGUUGAGCAGGUGGAGAGAUCAGGGAGCGAUGAUGUGGCACUGAUUCCUGAAGAGGUUCUCAAGUGUGAGACCAAGUCCCUUUGUGAGGAGAUCUUCCUUGGAGAUGACACAGGAUUUUGUCAAGCUUGGUGGCGUGUGGAGGUUCUGAUAAAAAGAGGCUUGAUCAAGCGAAGACAGCAGCACAAAGAAUCUGUGUAUCAGCUGAUGGAGCUGGGACGACACUCUGCCAACAUGUUACGAAGGGACAGGGAUGCAGUUUUCCCCAAAUCGAAGCCGGUGAAGUCACCCCGUUCAUUCCCACCCCAGCAGAAGUCAGCAGUAACCAAGCUACUAUCACAGUCUCAGGAAAACUUCCUCUACACUAAUGACAUUGGUUCUGAUGGGUAUGAUCUCUUACUUAAAGAGAACUCACCAGUACUCCCGAGUUGUCCAUAUUCUGUGUCCCUUUCCACAAAGACACUUCAGUCUGCCCAUUGCUUGCUCCGACUUCCGCUCUCUGUCACUCUGACUCUAACUCGCCGGGGCGUGGGUAGUGGUUAUGAGCGCGAAGGUCACUAUAAUCCUGAGGUUGACACACAAGAAAUGGGUGGUGACAAAGUGGGUCUGGGUGAGCACUGUAAGCGCUUGGAGCGGGCAGGUGUGCGGUAUCGAAGUUGUCGACUAAAGUGUGGUGACUACCGAUGGGUGUGGCGAUGUGAUGGUGGGGAGAUGACGAUACCGCUUUUGAUGGAGAGGAAACGAGCUGAUGACAUUGCCAACAGCCUGAAAGAUGGUCGCUUCUGGCGCCAGGUGACCAAAAUGGUGGAAUGGAAGGAGGACUUCAGACAGAAGGACAUAUCAGCUCGCCUCUCUUACAUCAUAGAGGGGGACCCAGGGGACUACGUCGUCAAGUGUGGAGGAGAUGUUUGUCAGGGGUCGGCAAGGUGUGGGGAACCCACUCUGGCUCAAGUACAGCUGGCCAUGAAAGACCUGGAGGAGCACCCGGAGUUGGAGGUCCGACACACAAGCUGUGUGGAGGCCACAGUACAGUACCUCGCCGUCACCUCCCAGGAAAUACAGAAGAGAGCCAGCAAGGGGGAAUAUGAUAUGCUGAUAGUGAACAGAUUCAGGGAACGUAACGCUCCAUCAACCAAACACAACUCGACUGAGGUUGAAGAAAGUGGGAUCAAACAAGACAAUAACUCUAUCAAUCAUAAACCUCAAACAGAAUGCACUGACUUAGUUUUGGAAAUAGAAGACGAUUCUCAGGAAAUCCAGGCAAGAGAUAGUCCUAUAAAUAAUAUUCCUUGUGACAAUCAAGAUAGCAAAGAGUUACCUCCCCUUGACCAUAAUCCCAAGACCCUGUGCUCCAAGAACCAUAUCAGUUCUUCAGCUUCCAACCCCAGGAAUGGUGUAUGUGUAAAUAUUCCCAUUGACUCAAAGUCUGCAGUAAAUAUAAAAGAAAACGACAAGACAAUUCACUCCAGGAUUCCUGUGGAAGAUGAAGUUAAUGCUGUGUUUGAUAUCGAUACAGAGUUAGCAAUAUUCUCAUCCUCUUCUGAACAUGGAAAGACAAAAAGGAUGUUUACAGACAAUGAACAUGAGACAGAUUGUAGCGCAUCUAAGAAAUUUCUUUCCCCACCAUUGAAGAAGUUGAAGUUUAACUGUGGUGCUGAUUGUAUUGAGAUUCCACAGCAAAUAAGUCAUGUAUCGCCAUGUCAUGGAAAGGUGUACCUCAUGAAGAGAAACCGAAAAACUCAAGUCAGUAGGAGAUUGUCUGAAUGUGACAGAAACAAGGUUGAUCCAGUUGAGAGUGAGGCUGAAGCUGCUGCAAGAACCUGUGUUGAACUCUCACCUAGAAGAGCGGAUGUAUCCUCCAGUCCUGGAUGUUCUGGGGUGGAAGCAAAUUCUCAUUCCUGUGACAGAGAGGAAUCUGAAAGUAGGACAGAUGAUAAUAUUGGUGAAAAAUUAACUGUAAAGAUGACUUUUGAUAGUAAACUCAGUAAUCGUGAUCAACAGGGGCCUUCUACAGAACUACCUAGCAUAGCCAACUUACCGGGCACUUCGAACAUUGCAGACAAAGAGGAAUACUCAGGGAAGAGUAUUCUGGAGAAAGACAUUCUCGCACAACAGUCUGACUCUGAUGACAGUCUUCCUGAGGUAGACAUUGGUCAGAUGAAGGAGUUGCCUGAACUCCCAGAACUGAUGCCUCAUCCAGUUCCAUCAACUUCAGCUGCAGCUGCUGAGAUAGCAAGACCUGAUUCUAAACACUAUGGUGCUCAAGAACUGGACAUUGCGGUUCACUCUACCUCUAAAGUUUCAAGCAAACGAGGCAGAAAAUCACCUCGUGGUCGCAGAAAACAGUUAAUUGAUGAUGAUGAUGAUGAUGAUGAUGAUGAAGCUGUUCAGUCUGUUUCUAGACCUUCGAAUAAACGGCGAAGGAAAUCUACUCAAAGUCGUAGAAAACAGUUAAUGAAUGAAGAUGUUGAUGAUGUUGUUGAUGAUCAAGUUGUCAUUGAUUUGAAUGCUGAGGAUGACACAGAAUUUUGUGGCCGACGUCAGAGAAAGCGGAGAUCAGGUGGGCGGAGCAAAACAGAAAACAGAGUGGAUGAGACCCUGGUGUUAAAGGUCGCUGAUAUCUUACCUCAAUGCGGGAAACAACAAAUCAAGGCAGCUCUCGUCAAGUGCCAGAUGAACGUGGAACAGACAGUGAUGGAACUACUUGAUGCAGUGCCUCAAGAUGGGGAUGUGGUAGAUCUCACGUGAUUAGUCGGGGAUGUGGUAGAUCUCACGUGAUUGGUCAGGGAUGUGGUAGAUCUCACGUGAUUGGUCGGGGAUGUGGUAGAUUUUACGUGAUUGAUCGGGGAUGUGGUAGAUCUCAAGUGAUUAGUCGGGGAUGUGGUAGAUCUCACAUGAUUGGUCAGGGAUGUGGUAGAUCUCACGUG